AUGGCGACCGCAGAAUUUCCCGUCACCCCCGAAAAGGAGGCCAGUGUGCUCAACUUUUUCUAUCGCCAGCUUACCUUCACCCCAUCCGAAGUGAAAGGUGUCAGCCUCGCCGGCAAAACAGCCAUCGUCACCGGCUCCAACACCGGAGUUGGCUUGGAAUGCAGUCGCCAACUCCUUGAUCUGGGCAUCAGCAAACUGAUUCUCGCCGUCCGAAAUGAGGCCAAAGGGCAGGCCGCCGUGGCGAACCUGUCUGCGAGGCGAGAGCUGGCCGAGGACGCGAUCGAAGUCUGGAGAAUGGAUUUAUCCUCGUACAAGUCCAUCACGUCUUUUGUGGAACGGACCAAGAGUCUGGAUCGCAUCGAUAUUGUCAUCCUGAACGCCGGCAUCGCACCCUUGAAGCAGGAACGCAACGCAGAGACAGGCCACGAUGAGGUGAUCCAGGUCAACUAUCUCUCCACCGCACUGUUGACCAUUCUCCUCCUCCCUGUUCUCAAGUCCAAACGGCCAAACCAGGACCAACCGAGUCGCAUCACAUUCACCUCAUCCGAUGCCGCUGCGUGGACCAGCUUUAACGAGAGGGCCGAAAGCCCCCUCCUUGCCUCUUUUGACAAACCAGACAAGGCCGACAUGACCGAUCGUUACUUUGUCUCCAAACUACUGGCCCAGUUCUUCCUGACUGAGAUCGCAAAACACGUCCCCACAUCGGUUGCGGUGAUGAAUGCGGCUACGCCUGGCAUGUGUCAUGACUCGGAAUUGAAUCGAGAACUGGAUCAGACGAUCAAGGGAAAAGUGGCCAAGAUUGCCAUGCGGAGAGUGGGGUAUUCCACCGCAGUAGGUGCUCGCAUGGUCACUGAUGCAGCUGUCAACCACGGGGAUGAGACACAUGGUCACUAUCUUGGACUGCAGAGGAUCAAGCCAAUGGCCCCGGUUAUCUACACGCCCGAGGGAAAGCAGAUCAGCGACUUGUUAUGGAAAGAGACAAUGGCAGAACUUGAUUUUGCUGGUGUUGAACAGACCCUCAAAGUGGUCGGCAAUGUGAGCAGUUAG